AUGACGCUGAAAGGCCAGAAUAAAGACACAGCGGCUGCCGCUCUACAAAACAAAGAACAAGCAAGCCGAACAAGCCAGAGCAUAAUUCCAGAUGUAUUUGCGAGUAUCACGCCAUAUGCCAAGUCUUCACAGCGACAUAAAGAAAUCACUGACGCCAUAACCCAAUGCUUGUCAAGAGACAUGAUGCCAUUAUACACAGUUAGCAAAGUGGGAUUUCAGAAACUGAUCCACACUCUGGACAAGAGGUAUCAGCUGCCCUCACGAAACUACUUCUCUCAAACAGCUAUCCCCGAGCUUUACAGCAAAUGCUGUGAUGCAGUUCAACAGGAAAUGGCUGGGGUGAAAGUAUUUUCCACCACUACGGACUUGUGGUCAAGCAGAACAACUGAACCAUAUAUUAGUCUAACUGUGCACUUUGUCAAUGAGGAGUUUCAACUGAAAAGCCGUUGCCUGCAAACAUCCUAUUUUCCUGAUGACCACACAGGAGAGAACAUAGCCUUGGGCUUGAAGGAGGCAUUGGCUGCAUGGAACCUCUGUGAAGAUCAUCAGGUCGCUAUCACAACAGACAAUGGAACGAAUAUAGUAAAAGCUGUGGAGCUUAAUCAGUGGACAAGAUUUCAGUGCUUUGGGCAUAGACUUCAUCUGGCCAUUGGAAAUGCCAUGAAGAAUAGGGCUCAUGCACAAUGUAUCAGCAGGGCUCUUGGGAUAUGCAGGAAGUUGGUGGGCCACUUCUCCCAUAGCUGGAAGAAGAGGGUGGCCUUGAGGGAGGCACAAAGAGAACUCGACCUUCCAGAACAUGCUAUGGUGACCGACUGCUCAACAAGAUGGGGUUCCACUCAGAAAAUGAUAGCACGAGUCAUAGAGCAGCAAAAUGCUCUGUCCAAGAUUCUCUCCACAGACCGUAAAGUGAGACACCUACUGCCCUCAUGGCAGGACCUGGAGGUUUUGGAAUCUGUUAACAAGGCCCUCAGUCCACUACAAGAUUUCACAGAUGCCCUAUCAGGUGAAAGUUAUGUAAGCAUUUCCUGUGUCAAGCCUGCUCUCAAUCUCCUGAACACUUCUGUGUUGGCUGAAGAGGACACUGACCUAACCAAGUCACUAAAAUCAAGAAUUCUACAGUACCUUAAUGAGAAAUAUGAAGUCACCCAAGACCUGUUAAACAUGGCAUCUUUUAUGGACCCACGGUUCAGAACACAGUACCUGUCAGCCGAUGAGACCCAGAGCAUCAAAGAUCGAGUCAUCGCUGAGUUGCAGGAACUUCAGCAGCAUCAGCCUGAACCCCAAAGCACUGCAGCGAUGGAGGGGGAUAGUCAUGUGGGAAACCCACCUGCUGCGAAAACCAAGAAGAAAAGUCUUGCAAGUUUUUUCAAGGAAUCUACACGUGCAGCAGCACCACUGCCGUCAGGCAACACUGCAUUUGAUCCCAUAGAACAGUUUAGAGAAGCAGUGGCUGCAGAACUCAAUAUUUACAUUUAUAUGCCACUAAUAGAUCAUGGAGAAGAUCCUUUGAAAUGGUGGAAGUUUCACAAGAACAACUUCCCUAGGCUAUGCAAAUUAGCACAAAAAUAUCUGUGUAUCUAA